AAGCAGCUCGCUCUUCCAAAGAACCACCUGAUCUUUGGGGCUCGUGCCCCACAUAUAAAAGGCUGUAGUAGUGCUGAGCUCAGCUAGUCCAGCCAUCUCUCCCUCUCUGUCUCUCUCUCUCUUUCUCUCUCUAUCUCUAUCUCUACCUCUGUCUCCCUCAUGUCACUUUCUGUCUCCACCCUCCCUGUCCUCUGAUUUCUCUCUCUCAGCUUUCACUACAUUUUCUUUUUCUCUUUCCCUCUGGCUUCGUUUCCCGGACAGUCUUUUUGAGCUUCUCUCUUUUUUCUUCUUCUUUCUUUCUUUCUUCCAAUCAUACGGUGUUUGGCCUGUUCUGCCUGGAAGCUCUUUUUUUUUUUCUUUUUAAAUCCUCUGUCUGCUCAUGUUUUAUUUUCUAUGAGGUUCGAGCAUCAGAUUUUCAUCAAGUGAACAACAACAAGAACAAGAACAACGACAACAACAACAACAACAAAAGAGAUAUAAAAAAUGCCACGCUCCUUUUUGGUGAAGCAGCCGAAGGUUCACGAUGUCUCAUCUUCCAGCUACUACCAUCAGCACCAGCAUCAGUGGGACAGCUCCUACACUGUGACACAUGCCAUCACUGAGUCAGCCGCCAACUUGGCGGUGUGUUUGAGUGAAAAUGGCUACAUCCAUGAUUACAUCAUCCCCUCAGUGUUGCAGAGCACAAAAGAGCCAUGUCGAGAGCAGACCGGGCUCUCCACGGGGGCCCUCUACUCCCCGGGUGGCAGCAGUGGGGAAGAGUUUUCUGACCAUGACAUGGAGCAUCCGGACAGCCCUGUCUCCACCUCUACAGUCGAGUCAGAUGGCAGCGGCCCAGAGCUGGAGGUGUGCGGCAUUAAUGAUUUCCUCAUCUCUGACGGACGCUCCCGCCGGAGACCGAGCCAGCGGUGCCCACGCAAGGGAGGCAGCCAGUCAGGCCGCAGCAAGGACGCUGACUCAGCAGACUGCAGCCCUGUCAAAGGGAAAACCAAAGGCCGCUACAUGUGCUGUGAGUGUGGCAAGUCUUACGCCACGUCCUCCAAUCUCAGCAGACACAAGCAGACUCACCGCAGCCUGGACAGUCAACAGGCCAGGAAGUGUCCCACCUGCCACAAGGUGUAUGUGUCCAUGCCGGCACUUGCCAUGCAUAUGCUGACCCACGACCUGAAGCAUGAGUGCACGGUGUGUGGCAAAGCCUUCAGUCGACCUUGGCUCCUGCAGGGCCACAUGAGGUCCCACACUGGGGAGAAACCCUUUGCCUGUGCCCACUGUGGCAAAGCCUUUGCCGACCGCUCCAACCUGCGCGCUCACAUGCAGACGCACUCGGCUUUUAAGCACUACUCCUGCAAGCGCUGCCACAAAGGCUUUGCACUCAAGUCCUACCUGAACAAGCACUACGAGUCCGCCUGCUUCAAAGGGCACCAAGUGGAGGACGAUGGCAGCGCUGAGGACUGAUUUGAAUUAUUUCUAUACUCACACUUUUUUU